AUGACCCAAACCGAGGUGCAGUCAGACAAGAGCUAUGGACACGACUGGAGAUCAUCAAAGCUCUUCAUCAUCACUGUAACAUCGUUUGGCCUUUUUACUGACAUGUUUCUCUUCAGUUUCAUUAUACCGAUCUUGCCAACCAUACUUGAAGAUCGACUCCAUCAGGCCCAUUCGCAAACACAAUUCCUGACAUCUUUGGCUCUGUCAAUGAAUGCACUGGUUUCAAUUGUCAUAGCACCAAUUACGGCCCGGGUCGCAGACAAUUCGCCUAGGAAAAAUCUUUUCAUGGUCUUUUCCUGGGUUCUCAAUGCCAUCGGAACGGUUAUCACAGCUUGGGUUAACACGCUUGCUGGUUUAUUUAUCGGCAGAAUCAUCCAGACACUUGCCGGAUCCUUGAUAUGGAACGUGGGCAUGGCCAUCAUCGCUGACACGGUCGGGCCUACCAAUAUCGCAAAGGCGCUCGGUUUUUCGAUUUUAUUUACCACAGGGGGUAUGCUAUGCGGACCAGCAGUGUCAGGGACGUUAUAUCAAUAUGCUUCUUACUCGGUAACAUGGGCCAGCACAUUCAUCAUUCUACUCCUCGGCAUCAUCCUCCAGUUACUUGUGGUAAAACCUUGUCAUUUUGAACCAUACACAGAAGGUUAUGGUUCAGAUAUGGAGCAACCCAACACCUCUGGACUCAGCAGUCCCUAUUCGGGACAAUUCUACGAUAGAAAUCCACUUCUUCCUCCGACGUCCCCAAGACAAAUCCCUUCUUAUCAAUCGUUCCCCGAACAGCAAGGCCCGGAAGCUGAAACCAACAAUCCCACAAAGCAUCAGCCACCAAGCCAUAACGUUUACUGGCUAAUGCUUUGUAAAAAGCGGGUCACUAUGGCAUUAGUGGCUGAUGCAUUAUUUGCGAUCCUCAUUGCGAGCUUCGAGACCACCAUUCCAAUCCACAUCAAGGCCAUCUUUCACUGGGAAACGGUUCAAGCCGGUCUAUUGUUUUUACUUCUUCAAGUUCCGUCCUUCAUUCUCGUUCUACCUGCAGGAUGGCUGAAGGACAAAAUUGGGAUGCGGUACCCCGUCAGUGCCGGUUACUUACUGCUCGCACCCUUUAUGUGGCUUCUCGGAGUUCCAGGACAGGAUGGAUAUGCAUGGGCCGGAAGUGGUAAAGCCGGUCGAAUCAUCUACAUUACUGCGCUGGUAGGGAUUGGGAUUUUCAGAGUCUUGCCACUCGGAUUCGGAGCGGUGGAGGUGUUGAAUGGGGCGAAUGAGCUUAACUCGGAAUAUCCUGGUAUCUUCGGUCCACACGGAGGAUACUCGCGCUCUUUCUCCUUGUCCAACGUUACUUGGAAGCUGGCGAUGUUUGUCGGGCCGUUGGCUUCAGCAGCCUUGAGUGAUGCCCUUGGAUACUAUUACCUGAAUGUAUUCCUCGCGUCCUUGUGCUUUUUGAUGGCUAUUUGCACGUUUAUAAUCCUUCGUCCCUGA